CAGAAGUACCAUGACCAUUGUAUGAGGCACUUCAUUGACUGCUUGCAUGCUGAAACGAGCCCCACAUUCAAACAAAAAAUGAUCGACUCGUUGAAACAGACUGUAGAUGGAAACCUUACUUCCGCUAAAUUGGUGUGUGAUGCGCUUCUGCUGAACAGUAAGAUGGUUCACAGCAAUGCAGCUGUUUGGAAGAAAACGCUGACACUGCUGAAACACUUCGUCAUCGGUGCUGAUUACAAGGGUGUUCGUGAUCUCCUACAUCAACUGCUUGAAAAAAUUUGCAAAAUACCAUCUACCGUUAAUGUUGAUUGUUGGGAUGUUGUACAGGCAGCGUAUGAUAUGAUAAGUUACCUGAUAGAUAGGAAUGAGUGCUUGCUACCGGCCUACUUGGCUGUCAACGAAAUUGUGAAGCUGUAUGCCGACGAUAAGCCCCAUCCCCACUGGAGGAUCACUAGGUUAUUGUCGGAACAUGUUCAGUCGUUCAGACCAAUCGCUAGAAUGGUUACCAUUAGUGGACGAUCGGAUCUUCUCCCAAUAGUUGGACAUUCACACAGCAACUCAAACUCAUGGAGGCUGAUCCCUAACGUACUAAAGUUCCUACUCAGUGGGCCUCUACCCUACGAUGACGAGAUUAAAGAGAGCCAAGGCAAACUACUGAGGUACGUGCUGGAGCAGCCCUAUUCUAGGGAGAUGGUCUGCACCAUGCUGGCUAUCAACAAGCUGUACAAACUCAGGUGCGUGUCCCUGGAAGACCAAUUUGUGGAGGUCGUCAUCAACGUCAUGGAAAGUUACGAUGACGACGAUGAUGACGACGAUGAUGAUGAUGAAAACGAAAACGAUGGUUCUCCAGGGAAAUCUAAAAACCCCAAGAGAUCUAAAUAUCUGUGGGAUCACUUAUCAUGCCAAUUGAUCUUUUUUGCUCUGUUUCAAUUCACUAAUUUCUCGUGUAUGGUUGAGUCAAUUUGCAAAGAGUUGAAGGCGAGAAAUCUGAGGAAAGGUCGCGACAGUUUAAUGUGGAUGCUGCUGCAGUUCAUAUCGGGAAGCAUCCAGAAGAAUAACUUGGAAGAAUUCUUGCCAGUGAUCAAACUCUACGAGUUCCUCUAUCCGGAGACUCAGCCCUUGCCCCUACCGUGCCCUACAAAGAAAUCGUGCACCCGCAAGAUGGCAGCCACGUGCAUUUGGGUGCAUCUGAUGAAGAAGGCGCAAGCCCCUGCUGAGAAGGAUAGUCGGACUUUCAGAUUCUCCCUACCGCAAGAACUGUCUGGGCAUAUUGAGUUCCUACAGCAGCUGACGAGAGAUCAGUCACUGAAUUUAAACGAUUACAAGAUCGUUCUCCUUAGCAAUGCAUACAGCACCAACAGUGAGCUCUUCAGCCAGCCGAUGACCAACCUGAUAGAGAGCAUCUAUGGGACGACCAUGAAGAGCCCCCAGCUGUCCGGAGAUGUCCAGGUGUACGUACCUACGCACCCCCUGAGUGUCAAGAUGCUUGAUUCACUUACUGUUCACGCUAAGAUGAGCUUGAUUCACAGCAUAGUAACGAGGUUAUUGAAGUUGACCCAGAGCAAGCAGGCGAACAUUGCACUCAGUCCAUCCCUUGUCGAGACGUACAGCCGUCUGCUCGUCUACACCGAGAUUGAAUCCUUAGGGAUUAAAGGAUUUAUUGGGCAAGUUUUGAUGAGCGUGUUUAAGGACCGUUGUUGGAGUAUCCUGCAUACACUCCUCGAGUUGAGUACCUACCGACUGCAUCACAUCCAAUUCCACUACAGAAUGCAGCUCAUAUCCCAAGUACACUCCAUAGCACAGAUGCCACAAGUUAACUACCAGCUUCAUUUAUGUGCAGAGAACACGUCCCUACACCUGAUAUCCGGUCUCUAUAGUUGGGAGAUUCAAUCCCAGUUCCUAAGAUCCAUGACGGAAUCGAAGUUCCCUGUCAUCUACUCGAGUGAUUGCGAAGAAAUCAACAGGGUCCUUGUUCUCGUGAUGGCCAGAACCAUGCAUAUCACCGGCACCGAAUCUUUGACAUGGUGUAAAGACAUGCUGACGUCACUAAAUCAGGCCACGCCCCUUUCCUGGUCAAGUCACGUGAUCUCUCAUUUUCCGCCGGCCAUGGCGAGCUUUUUUCAGGAGUCGAGUGUGCAGCACGACGAUAGGAUGAGUGUGAAGAGGAACGUGGAAGCUGAGUACCGGAAAUGGAAAAGUAUGGCAAGCGAAAAUGAACUGAUAGCACAUUUCUCAUCGCCAUCCAGUCAGCCGUUGUUCAUAUGCGUUUUGUGGAAAUGUUUACUGGAAGAUAACAGAAUCACCCCAAAUGCUUACAAGGUCCUGGAUAGACUCGGUCCAAAAGCCAUGUCAAAUCAAUUGCGACAUUUCGUUGAUUACGUUGUUGUUGAGAUGUCCAGCUUGAACAGCAACAACACGAAUAAUAAUAUGGUGAACAAAUGUGUUGACUCAAUCAGCGAUCUUAUCUGGAAGUGGAACGUUACGAGUCUGGAUAGGCUUGCCCUCAGAACAUUUGAGAAUAACGAAUGCCAAGUCUGCUUCUACGUCAUUCAGGCUCUCCUGCUAAGACCUCAUGAGUUUAAGAGUAGAGUUGGUGAAUUCGUAAAAGAGAAUUCUCCAAAUCAUUGGUUGUUGAAUGAUAGGUUCGAGAUGCACACUGCAUUUCAUACGAACUUUCCAGAGAAGUUUUAUUUUGACAACUCCCCUGAGUUGAUGCAACUGCCUCACAACAAAUACAUGCCUGUCCAUUUCAGCAACGUCUGUCUUAGAUUUAUACCUGUGUUUGACCUGCUGAUACAUAGGUUCCUCGAAGUUCCUCAGGUCUGUAAGACCAUCGACACGAUAUUGAGCCAUUUUAAAGGGCUGUACAAAUUUCACAGUCGGCCAAUCACGUAUCUCUACUCAACAUUCCAUUAUUACGAGAAACUUCUGUUGAAUAAGCAAAUUGUCAAGAGGAAGCUUGUUGAGUCCGUAGCUGAGGCCCUGAAAGACGUUAAACCACGAAAUUGGGUGUUAUCAGAUGAAUACCUGGAAUACCUUCUUCAGGUAUCAGCAACUGAGUCGUAUGUGUGGAACCCGGAUAGCAACUAUUUCCUCAAGAUCGUCAAACAACUCGUUGAAACCAUAAAGGGUAAUACACCGUACAUCAACGUUGAUUGGCGGUUCAAUGAAUUCUCUAAUCCGUCCAUGCACUGUUUGGCAAGUACAGCCGUCGAAUUAUUGAGCCUGCCACUUCCGGGGACUGAAGUAGGGAUGUGCAUAUAUAAUGUUAUUUUAAAGAGCUACAUAAAGAUCCCGCGUUCCGAGAUCAUGUCCUAUUUCAAUGCCAUUGGUCUCAUCGUCACCACCCUACCUGAAAGUUACUGGAGUGUCCUGUUCGACGUCAUCGUUGACGUCAUGAACGUCGAACUUCGCAACUACAGCAGCAGCAGUGGCGAUUGUGGCGUCGGCAACAAUACGCAACUGAAGAACAACAGGCUUCUCCAGAUGUUCAAUUUCGUCCCCACUCACCAGGUGGCAGGCGAGACGAGAGUAUCUUACGUUUUGGCGAUGUGUCACGCCGUCUUUCAACACGCCAGCAUCACUCAAUUGUACAAGUUGAUCGUUUUCAUGAGAGAGAGGUUGAAACCGUUGAUGUCGACAGAGGCGCAAUACCUCUUUACAUGCCACCUGGUCGGUCCAUUCCUACAGAGGUUCCAUUCUGAGAGGAGCAGAUGCAUGCUGGAGCUAACAGUCGAAUUGUACGAAUUGCUGGAUAGAUUGGACAAAUCUGCCGAACAUGUGCACCAUGCAGAUGAAAUCUCUGAUUUCCUGUACCACAUAAAAUACAUGUUCGUUGGAGAUGGUGUAAAGUCCGAAGUCGAGAGGAUUAUCAAAGGUCUAAGACCAGCACUUCAACUUAGAUUGAAGUUCAUAUCAUACUACAGCAAGGAGGAAUCUUCACAGCAGCAGCAACAACAGCAACAACAACUUCAGCAGCAACAGCAGCAGCAACAGCAGCAGCAACAACUUCAGCAGCAACAAAUAGUUUUGCAGCAACAACAACAACAUUUCCAACAACAUCAACAACAACAAUCACUACAGCAAUUACAUCAUCAACAUUUGCAACAACAACUCCAACAACAACAACAGCAGCAACAGCAACAUCAUCAUUAAUAGAAAUUAAAAAUGUUUAGUCAACAUUUUCUUAAUAUGACGUCUUUACGUUAUAAUGAUCUAGUUUUGAAUUUUUAUUAAUUUGAACUGACUGUGAAAGAGAAAUUUGAUUGGCCAUUGAUUUAACUAUUGCUUAAUAAGUUUGUUUCAUUUUUAGUCACCUAUAUCUGUUAUGGGUGACUUUAAUGCUCUUAAUACCAUUGAAAUUAUCAUUUUAUGUACUUUAAAUUUAUAUUAUCAAUCAAUCAAUCAUAGUUUAUUUGAUCUUCAUAUAAAGCUUUUUUUAAUGUUAUGUUGUAUAUUUCUGUGCUUCAUAGUUUUUCCUUAAAAAACAUGCUAGAUUAUUUU